GGUUAAGAGUCAACCAUAUCGUUGUGGAUCUGGAGUCACAAUUAGGACAAACAAGACCAGUGCCAGUGUAAUCGACACCUCGGUGUUUUUAUCGACACUUGAGACUUCAGAUUUCAAACUAGAAGCUGCGACAGUGUCUUCCUGAAGCUUUCAGAUUGGCGAAAAUCAUUUGCUGUGAUGACAGUUCAUUUCUGUGGUGAAACAUGGAGGAGUGGGCAAUAUAGGAGAAACAAGACGUCUGGGAAAUAAUUUCUCCAAGAGACAGACCAAAGAUGAUGAGAAUGCAGCUUUUGGGGAAAAUCCUUCUUCUCUCUCUGUAUUUGGAGAACCAGCGAACUUCAACUCUGAGAGCUACGGGAAAAUGGAUCAAACUGGACAUGGCAAAGAAUUCGGCCGCUUAUAUAUUCACCCAGGAAGACACCACCGACCAGGCAGCAAUUGAUUAUAUCAGAAAGGAAUGGCAAGACCGAAGCGAUUUUCUCGAAGUAUGAGAACGUGCAAACAGAAGCUUGGGGCAAAAUUGCAUUAUGCCAGCAGGAUUGCGCAGGGAGCAUUUGAUGGCUAUUAACGCUUACACUCAAGAAUCCAGUUUAUAUGAGGAAUUUAAUGCAGCCACCAGAAAGUAUGGAGCAAGCGACACCAUCUAUCAAACGAACUUCCAUUUCAAAAGUUUCCAUUAUCUCUUCUCUGUAGCACUAGCUAAGUUUCAGCAAAAACAGCACAUCACCUUCAGGGGAGUUCGGAUCCUAUUCAACGCCACAAAGGGAGAGGACGUCCGCCUGGGCCAGUUUUCUUCAACCUCGUUAAUGCGUUCAAUAGCCAUUAGCUUCAUGAACAGUAGGUCGGAUGCCAACACGCUAUUCGAAAUAAGGACCAAACUAGGAGUGCUCAUCUGGGAAUUUUCGGAUAUGGAACAUGAAGAAGAAGUCGUCAUUCCACCCACCGAGGUCUUUGAAGUUGAAAACAUGCCGGAGUGGGAAAAGCAAGGCAGUAAGAAGUGGAUCAAGAUUAUACUUGCUUCGAGGGGAAGCAAGGGUAUCAGGAUGACAGUUGACACGCAACUGCUCCAAACGCAACUGCUCCAAACUUGGUCAGCUCUUACGAGGCAGAAAACCUUCCUGGCUCAGCAAUAAGAGGCUGAUAGCUAACUGUUUAUAAAUGUUUGAUAAUAGAUAGUGCAUGGCGCAUAUGGAUGGUAUAUAUUUCAACUUUUAAAGUACAUUAUUGGUUAACAAUUCUCGCAAUCAUUAGUGCAUGGCAUGUAACUGAUAAAAGUGCAUCAUUUUUUAUAUUGCAUGCUUGAUUAUCAAUGCUUAAUCAUAGUGCAUAUUAUAUGACUGAUAUAACAUGCUCCAUGUUUCAUAUAAGAUAUUUGAGUAACAAUGCGUGAUGAUAGAAAGUGCUCGUUAUUGAACUGAUAGUGCAUUCUUCGUGCUUUACAUUAUAUUAUUGAUUAUCGAUGUUUGAUAAAUGUGCCGGUCAUGUAAUUGAUGAUACAUGCUUGAGUUUUUUUUAUAUGCUUGAUAAUCAAUGUUCGCUAAUCGAUAGUGUAUGAUAUAUAACUAAGAAUGCGUGCUUUAUGUUUUCUAUAAAAUACUUUAUUAUCAAUGGCUGAUAAUAGAUUGUGCAUAAUAGAUAAAUGGUAGUGUCUUCUUCAUGUUUUAUAUUACAUGCUUAAUUAUCAAUGCUCAUUAAUGGAUAUGCCUGGUAAAUAACCAAAAGAACAUGAUUUAUGUUUUAUGCAACAUACUUGACAACAGACAGAGCAUGGUAUUUAAAUUGUCAUGCUUGAUUAUCAAUGUUUGAUAACAGAUAAUGCUUGGCAUAGACCUAUAAGUGCGCAAUUUCAACUUUGCAUUAUAUGCUUGAUAAUGAAUACUCGCUAAUCCACAUAACGUGGCAUACAACUGAUAGAGCACCAUUCAUAUUCUGCAUAACAUAAUUGAUUAUCAGUGCUUGAUAAUCGUGCAUGAUAUACAACUGGCCUUGCAUGCAUCAUUUUUUAUAUAGUGUACUUGAUUACCAAUGCUUGCUCAUAAAAUGUGCAUGGUUAUAUAUGCUACUGCAUACGUUAUGCUUUAUCCUUUAUGCCUGGUUAUCAAUUCUGGCUAAUUGGUAGUAUGUGGUACAUAAUUAACAGAAAAUGGUACAUGUGUUAUAUAGCAUACUUGAUUAUCGAUGCUUGAUAACUGUGGGUGACACGGUGGCACAGUGGUUAGCUGUCUCACAGCGCCAGAGACCCAGGUUCAAUUCC